AGAAGCAGAGAGCCGAACGGAGCAGGCGCGGUGCACGAGCGGCUUAAGAAGUCAUCUUGGCCGUCUGUGCGCCGGACCGAAUUGGGUUUCUCAGCUGUGAGAAUAUCGCUAUAUCGUGGGAAGAGAUGAUCCUGUCUUCGGGACUGACAUAACGGUUAAAGGGUGACUCAGUGAACAUGGCCCCAAAUUCCAUCCACUGGUUCCGGAAGGGCCUCCGUCUCCAUGACAACCCUGCACUUCAGGAGGCAGUACGUGGGGCAGACACUGUUCGAUGUGUCUACUUCCUGGAUCCCUGGUUCGCUGGGUCCUCCAACCUUGGGGUCAACAGGUGGAGAUUUCUCCUGCAGUGCCUGGAUGAUCUUGAUUCCAAUCUAAGAAAACUCAAUUCCCGCCUUUUUGUCAUCCGAGGCCAACCAGCCAAUGUUUUUCCACGCCUUUUCAAGGAAUGGAAAAUAUCCAGGUUGACCUUCGAGUAUGACUCAGAACCGUUUGGGAAGGAGCGGGAUGCAGCUAUUAAAAAGCUUGCGAUGGAGGCUGGGGUUGAAGUCAUAGUCAAGAUCUCACACACCCUAUACAACCUUGAUAAGAUCAUUGAACUAAAUGGUGGUCAGCCUCCCCUCACUUACAAACGGUUCCAGACUCUGAUCAGCCGAAUGGAUCCACCAGAGAUGCCAGCGGAAACCCUCUCCAACACUAUUAUGGGCUGCUGUGUCACACCUGUCUCUGAAGACCAUGGGGACAAAUAUGGUGUGCCAUCGCUGGAGGAAUUAGGAUUUGACAUCGAGGGACUACCUUCUGCUGUCUGGCCAGGAGGUGAAACAGAAGCAUUAACAAGGAUUGAAAGGCAUCUGGAGCGAAAGGCUUGGGUUGCAAAUUUUGAAAGACCCAGAAUGAAUGCCAACUCUUUGCUAGCCAGUCCGACUGGCCUGAGUCCCUACCUCCGUUUUGGCUGCCUCUCCUGCCGCCUCUUCUAUUUCAAACUCACAGACCUCUAUAGGAAGGUAAAGAAACACAGCACUCCUCCACUCUCCCUCUAUGGUCAGCUGCUGUGGAGGGAAUUUUUCUACACUGCUGCUACCACCAACCCACGAUUUGAUAAGAUGGAAGGCAACCCAAUCUGUGUGCGCAUCCCUUGGGACAAGAACCCAGAGGCUUUGGCUAAAUGGGCUGAAGCCAAGACAGGUUUUCCAUGGAUUGAUGCCAUAAUGACCCAGCUGAGGCAGGAGGGCUGGAUCCACCACCUGGCCCGUCAUGCUGUCGCUUGUUUUCUCACUCGUGGAGACCUGUGGAUCAGUUGGGAGGAGGGCAUGAAGGUGUUCGAGGAGCUCCUAUUGGAUGCUGACUGGAGUGUAAAUGCAGGCAGCUGGAUGUGGCUCUCCUGUAGCUCUUUCUUUCAACAGUUCUUUCAUUGCUACUGUCCAGUGGGUUUCGGCAGGCGCACCGACCCUAACGGCGAUUUCAUUAGACGAUAUUUACCUAUUCUCCGAGGUUUCCCUGCCAAAUAUAUCUACGACCCAUGGAACGCCCCAGACUCUGUGCAGGCCGCUGCCAAGUGCAUCAUCGGUGUCCACUACCCCAAACCCAUGGUGAACCACGCUGAAGCGAGCCGUCUCAACAUCGAGAGGAUGAAGCAGAUCUACCAACAGCUUUCACGCUACAGAGGACUUGGACUUCUGGCCUCCGUACCAUCCACACACAACGGGAAUGGGAAUGGGAUGGCGUACUCCCCAGGGGAACAGCAGUCCGGGACCAAUACACCAACACCAGCUGUAUCAGCCAGUUCCAGUGGUAACAGGAGUGGAAGUAUUCUGCUGAACUUUGACAGUGAAGAGCAUCAGGGACCAAGUGGAAUUCAUCAACAACAACAACAACAACAACAGCAGCAGCAGCAAUUAGGAUACCACCACAUGCCUGACACAGGGCACAGCAGUCGACUUUACAAAUGUAAUGUCUCACACGACAUGGCAGGUCCACAACAUUCAGCAGGACAUCUGCUGCACUCAGGAGGAAGUGUGACAGGUAAAAGGGAGCGAGAGUCGGAACGAGAUCUUGACAGUGAAGAUGACACCCUCUCCACCUCUCACAAGUUACAACGGCAAAUUGCAGAGGUCACGUCAGUUCAUGCUAUUAGCGGGAACCAAUCGAGCAUGAAGAGUUAGAUGGACAAUGGACAUAUCAUUGCACUGAGAAGAACAUUCAAAACAUGAUGCAGUCUGAAGAGGACUGACUUUAAAUCUGGUUUCCUAUAAACAACUCAUGUUUGGGGAUUUAUUUUAUUUUUAGUUUUUUCUUCUGUUUUUCCCAUCUCUUUUUCCUUUUCUUACAUGUUCAGGUGAUAUGAAUAUUAACUGAGAUUUUUUUUUUAUCAUUUAAUGAAAUUCAGGAGUUGAAGUUAAUGAUUUCACAUCCAUUGACAGACAAACGAUUUUCAAAAAAAGACAAAAAGAUUUUUCCUUGGUACACCUCUUUCUCUUUUGCCCAUCAUUGCACAGGUUAGGGUUUUAUUUACUGUCAAGUGAACCAUACCAAGUGGGAUAUAUUUAUCAGCUUUUACUAAGCAUGAUAAAGCUGAGCUUCAUUGUACACUCAUUGCAGCAAGGAUUUUGCGAGGAUUUUUACAGUUUGGUUGGCACCAGCAACAGCCAUAGGUUGGAACCACAAACUACAACCAUCACACAACACUUUUGUACAUUUUUCUCUGACAUUUUCUCAUUGUACAAUUUCACUGAUUCUCGGUAGAGUGGUGUACGUGCCACUUUUUGUAAACAGAAAAAUUUAUACAGGUAUAUUUUAUAUAUUGGUGUUUCGUUCUUUGCCAGUUCAAUGUAUUAGUGUUUACUUAGAAAAUCCAUAAAUAUUAAAUACCAGCAGAGCUGACAUUUUAAAAUAGGGUUUAAAGAUUGCUAGAUUUUAAAAACAUCUACGUAAAAUUAUAUUGCUUAACUGAUUUUAAAUUCAUGUUUUUAACCUUGAACCCAUUUGUAAAUUUUAUCAGGGACAGAGCUGCGGUGGAAUGCGGUUCUUGAAUGUUUUUAAAUGGGCUACAAUGGCCCAUUAAAUGCAUCUGUAGAUUACCUACAGUAUCUUCUUCAAUGUCAUGCUUGGCAGACACACACAGACAGCUGAUCUUCAUGGUCAGGCCUUAAACACUGAUAAAAACGCCAACCUAAACUCUGCCAAAGCCAGGAAAUGACACUGGAAAAGAACAUUUUCCUAGAUCAACAUUGAUCACUACAGUACAUCUAUGAAAUAAAGCUUUACAGAUCUUUAGGAAGGAAAUUUUUGGAAAUGAAGACAUCCAUCUGACCCUUAAGACUUCUUAGCAGAUUAUACAUGCAUUUUUUUUUUUUUUUUAAUUCAUCUGUUUGUGCAUGUUCAGGUAAAGCAAAAGCAUCAUCUGACAGUAUUAAUCUUAACAUCACAUUUUUACAUUGACUGACAUUCCAUAAAUACGCAAAACAUUGACUAAUAAUCACUUUUUUUUCUCAUUGUGAUGAUAAUUAGGAUUCUGAAAAUAUUUGGCCACAAAUGCUUUAUACCAAAUGCCCCAACUGACCAAAUAUAAUUUAAUUUAGCUGUUGGUUUUCUUAUACAAAUAUAAGCCUCUUUGUUAAAUCAAAUUAAAGUAUCAAUUUGGGAAUAUGUGUUAUCUGAAGAAAAAUCUCAUUCUUUAAAAAAAAAAAAAAAAUUUUUUUCUUUGGUACUAACAAAUAUCAGCCACAAUAACUGAAGACUUCUGAUAAAUCCACAACAAUGUUUACAGUAUCACAAACACAGAUGCACUAAUGACAACUAUUGUGCAUAACUAGACCAUGUAUAUAAAGAUAUGGGCCCUUGAGUUCAUGUAUGGUUUUUUUUAUCAUGGUGAUCUGGCAGCCUCUCACUGAACUGGACAAAAACUAUUGGGUCUGAAUUUGUAUUUGUAUAGCUGGAUCUGCUUUGACACCGUGACAUCCGUAUUGCUUUUGUCGACCAGGAGAAGUGUUCAGUUCUAAUGUGAAUGUUAUGAUAUGACAAUUGUAGAAACCUCAGUGCUUUUUGACUGUAAUAUCUCUGUGCUAUUAUAGUUUUUUUUUUUUUUUGUCACAGCGAAAUGAACCAUUUCUUUUUUCUCCCCAUUUGAAUUGUUCAUUUGUUUGAAUUUUGUUUUUAUUUCCUUUCUGUGAAAUAAAUGUGGCGUCAAGUCUUGUCCUUCAAGUCUGUAAACAGUUGUAAAAGUAAAUCAGAUUGAAACUGGA